CUCGACAGUGUUGCUCCCCUCUGUCAUAUAUUGGUAUCGUCCCAAGAUGGCAGCCUACACUUUGAAGCGUUGUUUAGGAGCUGUCAAAGUUAUCCAUAAAUGUGGAAGUCACCGUUUUAUAGCCAGAAGAUGUCUACUUUCCACAGCAUACACAGACACCAAAUUAUGGGACGCAAGAGAGAAAGAUCAUCAAAAUCUGGCGUUGUUGGCCACCUUGAUGGAUAGGACGUAUGACCGGAACUUCCCUGUCAGCUCCCUGUCAAUAUCACGUUUUGUUGACAACAUAUCGUCAAGAGAAGAGGUUGAUCAAGCAGAGUACUAUCUGUAUAAAUUUCGCCACAGCCCAAACUGUUGGUACCUCAGAGACUGGACUGUCCACAGCUGGGUCAGACAGUGUCUCAGAUACGGGGCCAGAGACAAGGCCCUGCACACACUCAAGAACAAGGUGCAAUAUGGAAUGUUCCCAGAUGAUUUCACGUUCAACAUUCUGAUAGAUUCCUUCAUAAAAGAUGAAGACUUCAAAGGUGCCUGUUCUGUCGUGGAAGAGGUGAUGCUUCAGGAGUCUUUUGAUCUGCCCACCACACAGAUCCUGUCCCUGUAUGCACUUAGCAAUUACCUAGCAACCAAACCAGAGCUCAGCAUGUCAGACGAGAGGGCUCUGGGAGCAUCGCUGCUGAUAUCUGGUCUGAAGCAGGACGGCUCUAUAGGCCUCAGCGCUCAACUGCUGGGCUGUGCUUUACUAGGUAAGGUGGAGAUGGCGGCAGGGAUCCAUGCUGUGUUCAGGGGCAUGCCUCUGAUGUGGACCCCAGGGUAUCUAGGCCGGGCCCUGGCCGUCAUGGAGAGAGUAGCUGCCGCUCCUGGAGAUGGCAAACUAUCAAAGGAUGCCGUGGAUUACCUGGAGGGUCUGUUGCAGGACCUGUCCUCUGCCUCAGACUCCUCCUCUGGAGAGGAUGACGAGUCAGGAGGAGAGGAGGGGAAGAAAGAGGAGGAGGAGGUGGAUGAGGACGACCAGGCAGAGAGAGAUAAGCUACCCCUCUAUGCCAGCAGGUUUAAGGAUCUGAGUGGGCAGCUCCAGUCCAGGGGAAAGGUGGACCCUAGUCCCCUGCAGGUGCUGGUCUCCAGCCUGGUCCAGCAGAGCCUAGCCUCAGCAGAGGGCCCUGACAUGGAGCAGUACCAGAGAAAGGUGGGGGAGUGGGAGGCAGAGAGGCAGCAGCUCAUCAGAAGGGAGAAAGAGAUGAGGGAGAGGGCUGAGGAGGAGAGACGGGCCCAUCAGGCAGCUAAGGCAGCUGCAAUGCAGGGCUGAACAAACGGCUGGAUUGACCCCUUCCACUGGGGCUCACUCUACAACGAGGGUGCGUCCCCUGCAGUUUCUACCACCACAAAGCAUCAAUACAUAGUACUGGUGCUUUUUCAUAAAUUGUUGGGUCCGUACAACGUCUUCAGUGAAACAUACACAAGAAGCGUGGGUCAUAUUUGAAAUAAUAAUAUCAUCUGUACGUGAAAAGCAAAAAAUCAAGUAUUUGUCUUUUGUACAAAUUGCAUUCGCAGUUUAGCAAUAUACUGUAAACAAGAUCAAAACUCCCCAUAAUGGAAGUUUGUCUAUUAAAUUACUGUGAUCUUCAAA